UGGCAGACAGCAUAAUGUACGUUUUGCAAAGCGGAGGAUAAUGAAGGCAUGUAAAGCCAUUAAAUGCCGAAAGUACUUCAGAAAUACAUCACAGCUCCUUGUGUACCGAAGAAUACAUAGAGGUGAGGAACCUUUUGAAUGCUCAGUGUGUGGAAAGAGAUUCAGUGACAGUAGCACUCUUCAGAAGCACCGAAGAACCCACGCAGGGGAGAAACCUUUUGAAUGCUCAGAGUGUGGAAAGAGAUUCAGUCGGAGUGGAAGUCUUCAACUGCACCAAAGAACCCACACAGGGGAGAAACCUUUUGAAUGCUCAGUGUGUGGAGAGAGAUUCAGUCAGAGUGGUACUCUUUGGAGGCACCAAAGAACACACACAGGGGAGAAACCUUUUGAAUGCUCAGAGUGUGGAAAGAGAUUCAGUCGGAGUUGCACUCUUCAACUGCACCAAAGAACCCACACGGGGGAGAAACCUUUUGAAUGCUCAGAGUGUGGAAAGACAUUCAGUCAUAGUAGCAACUUUCAUCAGCAUCAGAGAACCCACACAGGAGAGAAACCUUUUGAAUGCUCAGUAUGUGGAAAGAGAUUCAGUGACAGUAGCUCUCUUCAGAAGCACCGAAGAACCCACACAGGGGAGAAACCUUUUGAAUGCUCAGAGUGUGGAAAGACAUUUAGUCAUAGUAGCAAUUUUCAGCAGCAUCAGAGAACCCACACAGGAGAGAAACCUUUUGAAUGCUCAGAGUGUGGAAAGAGAUUCAGUCAGAGUGGUACACUUUGGAUGCACCAAAGAACCCACACAGGGGAGAAACCUUUUGAAUGCUCAGAGUGUGGAAAGAGAUUCAGUCACAGUGGCAAUCUUCAGGAGCACCAAAGAACCCACACAGGAGAGAAACCUUUUCAAUGUUCAGAGUGCGGAAAGAGAUUCCGUUGGAGUGGCAGUCUUCAAUAUCAUCAAAGAACCCACACAGGUGAAAAACCUUUUGAAUGCUCAGUAUGUGGAAAAAGAUUCAGUGAUAGUAGCACUCUUCAGAAUCAUCAAACAACCCACACAGGGGAGAAACCUUUUGAAUGUUCAGAGUGCGGAAAGAGAUUCAGUCGGAGUGGAAGUCUUCAGUGUCAUCAAAGAACCCACACAGGGGAGAAACCUUUUGAAUGUUCAGAGUGCGGAAAGAGAUUCAGUCGGAGUGGAAGUCUUCAAUGUCAUCAAAGAACCCACACAGGGGAGAAACCUUUUGAAUGUUCAGAGUGCGGAAAGAGAUUCAGUCGGAGUGGAAGUCUUCAAUGUCAUCAAAGAACCCACACAGGGGAGAAACCUUUUGAAUGUUCAGAGUGCGGAAAGAGAUUCAGUCGGAGUGGAAGUCUUCAAUGUCAUCAAAGAACCCACACAGGGGAGAAACCUUUUGAAUGUUCAGAGUGCGGAAAGAGAUUCAGUCGGAGUGGAAGUCUUCAAUGUCAUCAAAGAACCCACACAGGGGAGAAACCUUUUGAAUGUUCAGAGUGCGGAAAGAGAUUCAGUCGGAGUGGAAGUCUUCAAUGUCAUCAAAGAACCCACACAGGGGAGAAACCUUUUGAAUGCUCUGAGUGUGGGAAGAGAUUCAGUCAGAGUAGCGGUCUUCAUUAUCAUCAAAGAACCCACACAGGGAACAAACCAUUUGAAUGCUCAACAUCCAUACCUGCACUCAGGAGCUGCCAUAAGAGAGGCUCUCAUGCCAUGGCGACGCGACCCUAAUGAAGGAGGCCAACCUCCCUCCUGUCAAACUCGCUGACAUGUCGUC